AUGAAGCCUUUUAAACCAGUAAGUGUUAUUCUUCCAAAUGACUAUAGUCAAAGUGACAAAGAUGGUAUGGAUAAAACUUUUCAAGACUUGUUGAUGGCUUGUCGAUCUGGUGAUCUUGAAAGAGUAGAAAGUUUAGUUCGUAAUUAUUCAGCACCUAUCAAUAAGACAGAUUUUUGGCAAUGUUCGCCUUUAUAUUUAGCUUGUUUAUGUGGACAUUACAAAGUGGUGUCAUUUUUACUGGAGAAUGGUGCCCGUUGUGAGCGAGAUACUUUUGAAGGGGAACGUUGUUAUUAUGGAGCACUUACUUCCGAGAUAAGGCAACUUCUACACGAUUACAAAUUUAGUAAAGCUGUAGAUGAAAGCCAGCCAUAUUUCAAAUUUUUGGCCACGCUCUACGAUCGACCACUUAACACAUUUAGUGAUGUGAUAUUCAAAUUAAAAACAUUGACCUUUGAUGAAGAAAUUCAUGCGCAUCGAUGCAUUCUUUACGCUCGGUCAAAGUACUUUGGCAAUAAAUUAGAAACUAUAUGGCGUAAUUAUGAGGUAAUAGAAAUUCGAGAUCCACAAUGGCAUCCAACAUGUUUCCGUAUAAUUUUAAGAUAUUUAUAUACGAGCGAAAUCAUCACAGUUGACAAAGAUUUAGGAUCUAAAAUGAUAACAAUGUGUCGACAAUUUGAAUUAUAUAAUUUGGCAGAACGUUAUAAUAUUGAUAAUAAGAUUUUAAAAAAAGAAGUUCAAGAAUUUGAUAAGUUAGAAUCCCAAGGGCUUCGGCGAGAUUUUGAAAAUUUCUUUAGAAAUAUAGUAUUAAACAAUAAAAAGAGCUUGGAUGAUAUAACAGGAAAUUCCGAUACAAACUCGAACAAUAGUGGAACAUCAAUAUUUGCACAAGCAGAUAUUUGUAUUCAAAUAGGACGACAGAUUUUUCCAUGUCAUAAGGCAUUCCUUACUGAAAGAUCAGAGUAUUUAAAUAUAUUAAUAACUGGACCAUUUGCAGAAAGUCAACAGAUGGAUACUUUCGAACAGGAUGAUCGUCUUAUACCCAAAAUAAAAAUUUUAGAUGAUUGCACAGCGGAUGUAUUUGCAUUAAUAUUGGAAUUUAUUUACACAGAUAAAUGCGAUAUUCCUCCAACACUUUCGCAUAAAGUCCUUAUCGAAGCUGACAAGUUUUUACUUGAUAAAUUGAAAUCACUUGCAUCCAUUGUUUUGACUAAUCAGUUAGAACCACUUGAAGAUAUUUAUAUGUUGAUGCGAGCAGCACUUGAUCUAAAU